CCGGCCCCUAGGGACCCUCGGCCCUCCCGGAGCGCCCUAGGGAUGCGGGCGGCGCCGGCCUCCCCGGCUGAUGGAGGCGGGUGGCGCCACCCGGAGCGCAGGUGACACUCGCCAGGCCUGGGUUUCGGUCGGAGGGGAAGUGCGCUGGGAGCUUGAGACGCAGCCGCCCCAGACACUAGGGACCGGGCAGCGAUGGCCGGAGAGCUGAGCCAGGAGGCACUGCUGGACUUUCUGUGCCAGGCCGGGGGCCGCGUGCGUAACGCAGAGCUGCUGAGCCACUUCAAGAGCUUCCUGCGCGACCCUCACGUGCCUUCAGGCCAGCUGCAGGAGCGUCGCGAGCUCUUCAAGGGCUUCGUGAACUCGGUGGCCGCAGUGCGCCAGGACCCCGACGGCACCAAGUACGUGGUGCUCAAAAGGAGGUACAGGGACCUGCUGGGGGAGGAGGGCCUGCAGCGACCCGCCCCCACAGACCAACAGCCACGAAGCCACCGCCGCCUUGACCCGGAGCCGCAGAAGCCGCCGGCAGGUGCGGGGACCCGGGUGGACGUAGGUGACGAUGAGUUAGUGGGCAGCAGCGCACGGAAGGCGGCCGGGCCAGAUCCUGGCCCGGGGGACAGCCCGAGCCAGAGGACACUGGGACCAGAGGCUGCUCAAGCCAGAGGCAGGUGUGCGGCGGUGGGGACGCGGGGACGCUGCUGCUGGGAGUGCCAGCAGAACGGCUGGGGCCAGCCCACGGAACAGCCGCUGCCGGAAGAUCUCGGAGACCCUGCAGCCGCCUGCGAGAAGCCAGAGCGCGCUGCGCCUGCCCGGGAUGACCUCGGAGCUCCGGGGUGGCUGCGGGAAGGAGCGGCGGCAGAACGCUCGCCUGAGUCUGUAACGCCUGUCUGGGCUCCGGCAGCCGUCGAGGCUGCUGGCAGCCCGACGUCCCCACCGGCUCUCCCGCCCCACCCGGCUCCCUCCAGAGAGCCGCUGGAGCUGUUUACCGCCGGCUUCCCGAACCAUUCAACCCAGCAGCUGCAGCAGCAGCAGCAGCGCACUCGAGAGUGGGUAGCCAGAUACCCGCUGGCGCCUGAGGCCGGGAUCCAGGGGCCCAUUCGCGCCUGGUCGGUGUUGCCAGACAACUUCCUCCAGCUACCUUCAGAAACCGCCUUUGGGGUCUCGGAGACCAACUCGGCGCUGCCUGAACCUGCUCUGUCUUUUCAUUCUCUCCUUCCUGGGGUCCCUGACGAGUCCUCAGAAUCCUGGCCGGGGAACCCUCCACUCACUGUCUUUCGAAGCAUUCGUUGUCAGCUAUCUCUCCAGGAUCUGGAUGACUUUGUGGAUCAAGAGAGCCAUGGCAGUGAGGAGAGCAGCAGUGGACCCAAAGAAUCUCCUGGAACCCCGGAAGAGGGGCUGCAAACUGUCCUGAGAACUUCCUCUUGGGGAGAGCUCAGGGAUCCAGUUGAGGAUCAGUUUGUAUCACCAAACGAAGGCAGCCCCUGUCUGAUCCCGCGGGGCCUCAGGAAUAGAGGGAAUGUGCCCAGUUUUCGGAAGGCCCCAACGGUUGCUAAAAGCCUUGGGGACCACCCUCAGGAGACUUUCCCUGCCCCCAAGUUCCGGAGGUCUGUCAGGAGGAGCUCUAGAACAGGGAGAACCAAAUCUCCCUCUUCCUCAGACGAGGAGCAUCUUGAUGAGGACUUGUUGAAAAGGAGCCGGCGCCCACCUCGGUCCAGGAAACCUUCCAAGGCAGGAGCCCUGCCCAGCCCAAGGGUGGAUGUUGUUUUGAUACAGAAAUUAGCAAAUGCUAACGCUGUGACGGGCCAGCCACACUCCUCAUGGGUCCCUGGCAGGGAUGGAUCUGCAGCCUUGAUACCCCACAGACCUUCGGAGCACAGGUCACCCCUUGUCCCCUUAGAUGCCAGGGAGCAUGAGUGGAUUGUGAGACUUGCCAGUGGCUCCUGGUUUCACGUGCAGAUGUUGUUCUGGGAGGACCCCCAGCUUGCUUUGUACAGAGACUUCCUAACGGGGUACACGGCCUUGCACUGGAUAGCAAAGCACGGCGACCUGAACGCCCUUCAGGACUUGGUCUCUGGAGCCCGGAAGGCAGGGGUUGCACUAGAUGUAAACGUGAGGUCCAGUUGUGGCUAUACCCCACUGCACCUUGCAGCUAUGCACGGGCACCAGGGAGUCAUCAAAUUGCUAGUGCAAAGAUUGGCUUCCCGGGUGAACAUUCGGGACUGCAGUGGCAAGAAGCCGUGGCAGUAUUUGAACAGUAAUGUCUCUGGGGAAACGUGGCAGCUCCUGGGUGCACCCCGGGGCAAACCCAUCUUCCCUGUCUAUUCCUUAGUCCAAAGCUCUUCCCCAGCCAGGAAGGUCAAGAGCCGGGAAGUGUCUAGAACUGUCACCCGGAAGACUUCCUUGGCUGCUUUGCUCAAAACUCAGCACAACAAAUGGAAAUUGGCCAGCCAAUAUGAGAAAUUCCACACCCCAAAGGACAGAGAAGAGUAUAGUGACUAAGGUGGAUUCUUCUAAGGGAGUGGAUUCUUCUAAGGGAGUGCGUGCAUACACACACACACACACACACACACACACACACACACACACACACACACUCCCUCCCCAAACUAAGUAGACGAAGAGAACCCAAGAGAAACAGAAACUGUUAGAAGUUGAUCAAGAUUGAGGAUAGGUGAAAUGGUCUCCUCAAGGGGCAUCUCAAUUUCUUGAAAGCUCUUAUGUCUGAACUGUGAAAUGUGGACCGAAGCUGAUCCAGGCACUCAAGCUUUCAGAGGGUCCCUCUCUCUCCCGAGCCAGCCAGGGGUCAGGGCACAGGAAGGCACAGUAUUUUCUGAGGCAGUGCCAGCCAGGCCUUACUAGAAAGGGAACAGAUACGUCAAAGGGAGGCAAUUCGUGGAACUGCCGCAGCUCACACUCCUCCCUAGGCUGGAGGUUCUUUGGCUUCUAUUCAUCUCUAGAAUAAAUCUUGGCUGAGUGGAAAGCACCAGGUUUGAAGUCAGAUGGCUUCCCUUCAUUUCCUUUAUGUGCCUUUUGGCAAUUCCAUCCAGUGAAAUAAAAUUGCGACUGGAGAAGGUAGGAUUUGAUUGAAGAGAUUUCCUCAGUCCUGAGCCUUCCUGUGUCCAGUGUCUGGAGUGCUUGGUGUAAACGGAUGACUGUCUUCUCUGGGUGUCAUUGCCAUUGGACCAGAGAAGCAGAUGAAUAACAUUCAGGAAUGAUGGUGACUCCACUCUCUGGAAGAGAGUCUCUCCACAUUCAGACUCUGUUUUGUUUUCUGUUUGUCUUUGCUGUUGUUUGUUUUUGUACCAACUUGUGAGAUUCCCAAGAGUGAAAGCAUUUGGGUUCAUUUGUAUAAUGACUGAAGCUCUUCGUCAAACUCCAUGUGUAGCGAACAGGGUCAUCCCUGACAGCUUUCAGCAUGUCUGAAGGUCAAAGUUGGUACUCAGGGGAAAGAGCUGGAUCCACUGUGGGGAAGCAGUAACGGUUAAAAGCGUCAGAAUUUUGUUGAGCUGCUAAGUAUAACUUUAUUUGCACUAAACUUUUUGCCAAUCUAGAUUAAAUAUUAGCCUUGAAGUACUGAAUGUCUAACAGGAAGUGUCCUGUUCAGUUCUCAGGAAGAGGCUGAUCAUUGCUGGUCCCUGGCUGAAGAUGACUCAGCAGCCCCAGGAGAAUGUGUAAAGUUUGAUGUAAAUCCAAAGAGGGCUGAGAAGUUCAAUGUUCAAACAGAGAUUAUUUUUAUGGAAAUAUUUUCAUGUGUGAUACUGUAUUUUUUUUUAAAGUAUCCUGGUGUUUCUUCUGGAUAGUCUCCUGCAUUAAAAGACCUGCAGAUUGUUGUGUUACUA